AUGCAAUAGAAUCCUUUAUAACUAUUAUUGAGUUUAUUAGCUGCCAGAGAGGAAGUUAUAUUUAUGAUCAGAGUAAUUGGUCAUUAGAUGCAUGAAGAUUGUAGAAAUAAACUAGGAACAUUAAGAGAAAUAUAAGAUGAAAUCAUCAGAGGAGAACAAAAAAGGGAAAAUUUAGAACAUUAUUUAUUUUAGAAUUUGAAUGAAGGAUAUCGCAAACUAUUUCUUCCUAAAAUAAUUUAGAAAUAUACCAAAAUAACUUAAUAUUAUUUAGUCAAAACUCAGGUAUUUAUUUUUGAAUGAAGUAAUAGAUAUACUUUCCAAAUUAAGGAUAGGUAAUUUGUUAGGAAGUAAUAAAUUAACCAAACUUAAGGAAUUCCAUCUCACAUAUUCUUUAAGAAUCACUUAUAACCAUACUGAAAUUUAUUUGUAAUCUCUAAAAACAAAAACUAAAGCACGAACUUGCUCAAAUGUUCAAUUAUGAAUAGUAUAAACCUAUUUAAAAUCAAGAGAGGACCGUUGUAAUAGAAAUGAAAAGUUCUAUUCUGAACCACUCAUCCUAGGAGUAAUCGGAUUACGUUAUUUGAAUGAAUUGCAUAAAAAAUACUGUUAUUCUGUAUGUAAACAUAAUAAUCGAAAUGUUUAUGAUGUUCUUUUUUUAGAUGAUAAUACAAAACAAUUAUAUCUAUAUGGAGGAGGUAAAAAUUAAAUAAUAUAAUUAGGAUUUUCUAGUCUUAUUAGUAGCAUAACAAAAUUAAAAGAUAAAUCUGUUGAUAACACUUAAUCAGUGUAUAUACCAAUUGAAAGCACACUUGAAAUAAUUACAUAGAGAUAUGAAAAAUUACUAAAAGAAAUUAUGGAUUAAAACUAUCAUGUUCAAAAAUCUGUAAAUAAGUAUUAUGAUUAAUACAAAAAAUAUAAAAUGAAGCCUUUGUUAAUAAAGGGUUAUGUUACUCCAAAAAAACAAGGAUAAGAUUUUAAAUCUUAACGAAUUUAAAAAAGAUCAAUUGAAUCUGGUCCUAUGUUGAGUGAUAUGGGAAGAUAUUCUGAACCUAUUAGUAGAAAUCCAUUAACUUAAGAUUCUUUAAAUUCAGUAAGAUCAAAACAAGCAAAGUGUAGAACAUAAAAAUAAAGCGAUAUUAUUCUAAGUGGAUUUAUAUCACCAAAAUAAUAAACUAUAGUCAGAAAACAUAGAAGUUUAAAAAAUUAUGAUCCAUCUUUAUUGAAACCAACGAUCUUAUAAAAUUUUUAUGAUUCUAAUAUAAGGAUUAAUCAAAACACUAAAAAACCAAGUUGA